AUGAUGCGACGCAUUUUCCGCUUUGAUGAAGCUAGUCUGAACUCAAGUUCCAGUUCCAGUAAUAUAGCUUCGCCUUCGUCUAGUAGUUCAUUCGGACCUAGUAGUAUUGGGAUUCAAAAUCCUACGAAUCAAUCUGCUACGACUAUUGGCGAUUUUAGUCUUCGGUCGUCCAGUACUCAGGUUGAUGGGAGUGGUUCGAGUAUUUCGAAUAAUCAUGGUUUUUUUGAAGGUCUGGACCCUACUACUUCUACUACUCAAGAAAAUAUAGCGGACUACCUAAGGGGUGAAAUCUUUGAAUCCGUUCAAAAAGUCUUCACAAAUCAUUGUUCAGAUGAAGACAAAUUGCGAGCAAUUAGUGAAAAUUUGCAUAAUGAUGAAGACAGCACGGGUUUUCUAAGGGAAAUUAUAGAACAUUUAAAAGACAAACAGGGUGAGCACUAUGACUUUGCCCUAAAAGAAUUUAACGUGAUUGUAGGGGGGACACCUCCGACGAUCACCAGUCCACUUGAACAAUUUGAAAUAAUCCCAUUGAUUCCUAUGAAAAUAGGAAACUUAUAUUUCUCAUUCACAAAUCCAUCUUUGUUUAUGCUACUAACUCUCAGUUUGGUCCUACUUUUGGUUUAUUUUGUUACUAAAAAGGGAGGAGGAAACUCAGUACCAAAUGCUUGGCAAUCCUUGGUAGAGCUUAUUUAUGAUUUCGUGCUGAACCCGGUAAACGAACAAAUAGGUGGUCUUUCCGGAAAUGUUAAACAAAAGUUUUCCCCUCGCAUCUCGGUCACUUUUACUUUUUCGUUAUUUUGUAAUCCCCAGGGUAUGAUACCUUAUAGCUUCACAGUUACAAGUCAUUUUCUCAUUACUUUGGGUCUCUCAUUUUCGAUUUUUAUUGGCAUUACUAUAGUGGGAUUUCAAAAAAAUGGGCUUCAUUUUUUAAGCUUCUUAUUACCUGCAGGAGUCCCACUGCCAUUAGCACCUUUUUUAGUACUCCUUGAGCUAAUCCCUUAUUGUUUUCGAGCAUUAAGCUCAGGAAUACGUUUAUUUGCUAAUAUGAUGGCCGGUCAUAGUUCAGUAAAGAUUUUAAGUGGGUUCGCUUGGACUAUGCUAUGUAUGAAUGAUCUUUUAUAUUUCAUAGGGGAUCUUGGUCCUUUAUUUAUAGUUCUUGCAUUAACCGGUCUGGAAUUAGGUGUAGCUAUAUCACAAGCUCAUGUUUCUACGAUCUUAAUCUGUAUUUACUUGAAUGAUGCUAUAAAUCUUCAUCAAAGUGCUUAUUUUUUUAUAAUUGAACAAAAGCGAGUCUGA